AUAGGACAUCUGCUUGCCCUCCGGUCUACAUGUUGCCCUUUGUUCUGCUGUUUCCUGGUUAUAUGGGAUAACAUGAAGUUUCCACGCUGACAAAAUUUGAGAUAACAAAAUCAAACAAAGACACAAAAAAAAAUACAGAAAAUACUUCCUCCGUCCUAAAAUAAACCAACGAGUAGAGUUCAGGAUUCCUCUCACUUUCUACGAAGUUGUUUGAUCUUUGAUCUUCUCUCUUUCUGAUUUAGGGCGAGAUUAUCACAAAAAGGACCAGACGCGACCACCAACUUGGCCAAUAAGCCUGAAACUGAACGACCCCCCCUCCUCCUGCUCGCUUCCCUCUCUCCUUCCUCUCCAAGAAAGAGCCAACUAGGCGAGCGGAGCGCAACAAACUCGCCAACCCGCGCCGCGUCUCCUCCUCGUCGUCGCAACCCGCAGCGCGAGCGCCUCCCACCGAUCAUACGAACCCCACCGCCACGUCUACUCCCUCGCCGCAGCGCGAGCGCGCACGGAGAAGAAGCAAGCAGAGAGAGAGAGAGGGAGAGGGAGGGGUGGCGCUGCGGCGAGAAGUGAUGGUGCUGCCAUUGGUGAAGCUCGGGUCGCUCGCGUUCCGGACGCUGAGCAAGCCCAUCGCGGCCCGCCUCAAGCACAACGCCGGGAUCCACCCCAAGUUCCGCGGCUUCAUCAUCGGCCUCGCCCAGGUAAACCAUCGUUUCACUACAAACAUGCAGAGGCGGCUUUAUGGCCGUGCAACUGACAUUCACAUUCGGCCCCUGAAUGAGGAGAAGGCAAUUCAAGCUGCCGCAGAUCUUCUUGGUGAACUAUUUGUUUUCUCGGUCGCUGGUACUGCAAUCAUCUACGAGGUGCAGAGAAGUGCUAGGGCAGAAGCCAGAAAAGAGGAGAUCCGUAAGCAGGAAAUCGAGGCGAGAAAGCAGAGGAUAGAGGAGCUAGCCAGUGAGGUGCAGAUGAUGAAGAAGAGGAUCAGUGAGAUCGAGCGGCAGCAGGACGAGAGACGGGCCCUUCCGAACUCCCGCGGCUCCACCACUGCCACUCCGAUGCAGGCAGCUUCGGCGGCAGCGGCAGCAGCAGCAAAGGCAAAGCAUCAGCAGCCCACGGCCGCUGCUGCUUAGCUUCUCCAGUGGUACUGUCCAAAGCCCAUAGGCUGUCUCCCCUGCCCUGCAUUUCGGAAGGACUAACGCAGAUUGAUUGCCCCUGUUUUCCUCCCAUCCCGUAGCUCGAUUCGAUUGUAGUUAUUCGGCGAACGGCUGGACUUCUUACUUGUUGCGCUCGUUCUGAGUUCUGACCUUGUGAAUAGCAUACGUGAGAGGUCGGUGUUUGCUCUGAGCUGAAGCUGUUGGUGGGCGGAUCAGUGACCAUCUGGCUCGAAGUUUUGAUACUGUUUUCGGAUAUGCUAUAGUCAAGUGUACAUUGCAGUAUUCUUGCUUUGCUUACUGAUGUGCAAGACUAAGUACCUGCCAUUAACAUAGCUCAAAAGGCAAAAUAGCCUGCAUCCCCUCAUUGUUAUUUCACCACCAUUUGCAUUUUCUAGCAAA